ACCUGAAGUGUGUUACAGUCCGUGUGUGUGUGUCUGUCUGUGUGCGUGCGUGUGUGUGUGUUUGCACGACACGCAAAGGGUCACACGCCCGCUUGUAAAAGGCUGCUGCUUUGGUUGAGGUUUGUUUAGCGGCUUCUGCCACCAGACUCCAUUGAAGAAUGUGCCUAUUUAAUAUCGCCUUGCUUUUCCGUGCAGAAACGUUCCCGCAUUGAUUACUUGUUCAAAUGCAACUUCACUUAUAAAUGUUCUCAAUUAACUUCGGCGUGAUUGUGAACAAACAUUUUAUACAUUAAUUGAAGUGUUCUGGUCACAAAAAUAAACGCCUCGCACGGCAGUGACUAUUGUUUUUGUGUUUAUUGUCAUAAAGUCACGCACGGUUUGUGGCAUUUCUACACGCCGAAUUCGCCCUUAAGACCCAAACCAACCACACAUUACAGGGUCUGCCGAGCAGCCGUGUGUGCGUGCUUUUUAGACGAAGCAGAAUCUAAAGGACCUUAUUUUGAGAGGACGUGUCGUGACGUUCGCUCCCUAAACAGCGUUUAAGUGGAAUACAUCAGAAUGUUGAGUGCAGAACAAGAUGCUCCUUCACAGCCGUGGUGUGGAUUUAAUCCGAACAAUGGCCAUUGACUGCCGAAUAACUUGUGAUUCAGCGGCAGCUGACUCGGAGAAUGUUGGGCAUCUUAAACCACUUUUGGCCCCCGGGGGCCACGUCCAGCACUCGUGCAGCUGUCGCAGACUGAAAGGUGGGAUGGAAACUGAGUCAAGUGGGAACACUUGAGCCCUCAGGGACUCGUUGAUUUACUCGUGACUUCCUGGAUUUCAUUUCAAACCUCGCUGACUUUAUUCCACAAGCGGGUGUCUCUGUUCUGAGGUGAUUGAUUGAAGAUGCACAUUUCACCUCCGUGACUUGUAUGUGUGCUGCUUUCUUUCUCUUAUUUACCAAUUUACCUUCUCCACUUUUUAGCCACAAUUUGACUGUAGUUUAAAUAAGAAAAGGUGGUUUUCAUCAGCCUCAGAGCAGUGCAGGUGUUGCACAAUCGAGGCGGUGUGGGGGGGCUUGGAGGAGGUAAUGAGAUCAAUGACCUGACCUCCACGCAGUUACUUAUUAACUGCCCCCCCGUGUCCUGUUCUCAGCAUGCAAAGCACAUGCGUCUGUUAAUAUUUCCACCACAUCAUUGGUGACCAGCGGAGCAUUAAGCGCGGCGAGUCUGCGCUCAACAUCCAGGACACACGGUGUUCUUUCACGCACACAUCAGCAUUUUUCUGGAGCAAGUUUUAUUAGAUCUAUUUUCUGAGCAAAUGUAAAUGUCUAAAGUAAAGAAGUCAUUUGUGAAUAGAUGUUUGGCUGCAAACACGAUUAGGAUUCAUAUAUCGAUUGUUGAUUAAAAGGAAAGAAGGGAAGGGGCGUCUUUGUGUAACUGGUUUGUAAAACUACAAAAUACUAAUACAAUGACAUAAAAUCUGGGAAAAGCUUAACUUAACUUUUUCGGAAGCUGGAAUCGGUGAAGUUUGUGUUUCUAACCAUUAAUUGCCUGGAAAUGGACGACAGAGGUUUCAGCCCUGAAUAAAAUCCAGUUGAAGUCUCUUUAAUGGCUCCAAGAAUUUAACAAAAUACAGAAAGGGAAGCGUAGAAAAGCACCAUUAAUUUAAAAAAAAAGGAGGAAUCCGCGCUCCUGUUUUCACAUUCCGAGCCGCGUUGUGUGACCUCGCUAGAUGGCGAGACGGAGGAGCAGACGGCGUCCGUUCACCCCGAGAGGAGGAACGCAGUGUUGUGACCUGCGAGAAAGAAAAACGCCACGUGGGCGUCUGUGUCUUUCGUUCGUCCUCGCUCUCCUUCCGCCCCCCCGGAGGCCCGACGAGGCCCCCGCGGCGAAGGUCAAGCGCGCGGCGAUUGACUUUUCUUUUUCUCUCUCGUUGGCAGUGAAGAGGUUCCGGGAGCCCGUCGGGAUCAGGCGACCCUGGAGGAUCUGGUCAGACGUGUUCCUUCCUUUUCUUUUUCUCUCCCUGUUCUUCGACACGUCCAAACAGGCCAUCGGUGCGCUCUUCAUCCACCUCGCCAACGUCUUCCUCUCCACGCUCACCGCGGAGGACCCGUGCUCGCUGUACCUGAUGAACUUCCUGCUGGACGCGGCGUUGGGGAUGCUGGUCAUCUGGCUGGCGGUGAAGCUGGUGUCCAAACUGGUGGAGGACAAACGGUGGACGCUGCUCAUGUUUGGAGAAUACGGUGACCCCCCCCAGGCGGCGGCGUGGCUAGGCCAGUGCGCCGUCUACCUGCUCAUCAUGGUGCUGGAGAAGAGCGUCAUCAGCCUGGUGCUGCUCGUCCCCGGCUGGUCCAAAUUGCAGGAGGUGCUGCUGAGCUACAUCGCCAACCCGCAGGUGGAGCUGGUGCUCGUCAUGCUCAUCGUGCCCUUCAUCGUGAACUCCAUCAUGUUCUGGGUGGUGGACAGCCUGAUGAUGAGGAAGUCCAAGAGCCCGGACGACUCCUGCGACGGCUCGGCGGAGAAGGCCGACUCCUCGUUGCCGUGGGCGACCGGCGAGGAGUCCCAGGUGCUGCUGAGCGUGGAGACGGACACGGACGAGGCUUCCGAGGGGGAAGAGGACCCCGGCGACGUGGGACCGGUCCCCCCUGUGCAGUACUCCGGAGGGCCGCUGAGGCCCAGCUGGGUGGUGGUGUAAACAUCCGCCUGAGAGCCCGAAGACGAACAACACGAGCCUUUGCUGCACCGACGCCGGUAAAUCGAAUCAUUAAACGCUCUUCGUCCUCUCAGAGGGACCCAAACGGAACCGGCGUGCGGGGGAAUCGAUGUCCUCCCGGCGCCAUGGGGUCUUUUGGGGGUGAUGAGGCUCCAGAGUGAUUUAAGGCGUAUCGUAUUCCAAAGAGGGGCGAGUGAGCAAAGUACCUUAUUUAACUCGUGGUUUUAAAGGAUCAUGCUUCUUGAUGUUUCUGCAUGAUUUCCUGUUUGUAAUAAAUGAUGAAGUACUCGGGACGCUGUUGCAAAACAACACUGAGAGUUUCAGAAUGAACUUCUGACAAACGUUGUAAAUGUAGGAAAAAAAUGUAGGCCGAGUGAAAAUGUGAAGAAUGGACCAAUAGUACUUGACGCCUGAAUUGAAUGUAAUUUUUGUUCUUUUUGCUUUCAAUAGUUGGAUGAGAAAAAAUAAACAAAGCACUCAAAUUUAACCUUGAGCUUAAAAAUGUAUUUUCACAAAAUUCUUGCAUCGUUUCUCUCAGAAUAUUAUGACUUUUAUUCUCAAUCACCCGUAUUUUAUCCCAAAAAUGAUCCUUAAUGCUCGUAGUGGUAUUCUGUGUGGGACGGUAUUCAACUUUACGGCACAUUUCUUCUUUUCUAUUUAUUCCGUUGAUAUAUUUUAUAUGUAUUUGACUCUAUAUAUUUUGGUAUCUACAUUGUAAUAGGAGUUUUCUUUUAGUGACUUUUGAGAGUUCUCUCCAAACUGCUAAACGUUUAGAUUCUCCCGUUCACAGCUAAAAACUACGGAUUUCUUCUGCAGGGUUUGUUUUUUAUUCCAAUGUAUGUUGUGUAUUUAUUUGUAUUAUUUUUAUUAUUGGACCAAAUUAUUCACAUGUGGAUUAAAGUGCACAGCGCAGCCGUCAUCAUUCGGCCUUCAGGUGCUUCUAACCGAAUGUAUCUGUGAAUAAAGAUGAUUGACACAUGAA